AUGCGUGUUGCGGAUUUCGAGCGGCCUUUUACAGAACGCUCUCUUGUCCCAAUCCUUCAGCGACGUUCCAGCUCCGCCGAAGAUCUUCGUUUUCUCCAUUGGAGACGAAGAAAAGACGAUACCGAGCUGCGACGGGAUCGCAAUUACAAUGUAAGUUACAGUACCAGCUUUUUUCGGCCAAGUUAUUUUGCUUCCGUAAGCAUUCAAAGACCGCGGAAUUGCUACUCAAAACAGCGCACAUCUCUUUUGUUAUUUUCCUCUCCAGACCGUGAACUUAUUAUUAUAAUCCAACUCAGACAAUAACAGUAUCAAAAACAAUAAUAUGGUGAGGAUGAGGAGUGGAGUCUAUAAUAGUUACUGGGCUUGCAAACCGAUCGAUAGUCGGAAAUUUUGUUAUGAUUUUUUGAGAACCUAGCUCUGUAAAGCGAUUUUAAUCAGCCAGUCUGCGUCUUUCUUGCAGUCGCUGACAGAAGCCAAUCCCAAAAAGGAGUGGGACACAGCCGCCGUUCCUAUACUGGUUGACAAAAUUUUCUUUCCACCUCGUAUCUCGGGAACCGCUGGCCUAGAGCCUCCAAAUUCGGCAUAGAAACGAUUUUUUGGGUAUCGUGUUAGGCUGUUCCACAGUGUUUCUGUACCCAAUGUCAAGGUUCUAGGCCCAACAGUUACCGAGAUCCAGGUGGAAAGAAGAUUUUUUCAACCAGUAUAUAUCAAAACUUUGCAAAUUAUGACCAAAGCCAGAAACGUUGGACUUAAAAAUUGGUUAAAACAGCAAAAAUUUGGCCUGACUUUUAUCUGCUACGGUUUUCUGACAAGGGAAGUCACUUUUUUCGCAGACGGACUUCGGAACGGGACCUAGUAGGUUUCAAACCUGAAGCGUCUACGAUCAUACAACUGAUUUCCAAAAGUGUUUACGGGGCUUCUCGGCCGAGAAAAUCGACCGCAAAGUUUAGCCGAAAUGAGCGAAUAGCCUCCUCAAAAGAAACAGCUUAUUUCAUCUGCAGUGGUGGCCGAGUGGUCAGCGCGCUCGCUUUUUGCGCCAGAAGAGGCGGGUUCGAUCCCUGGCGCAGUUUAUUUUCUUUUUUGGUUCGUAAAUAUUGAUUUAGUAUGUAAACAUAAAAUGUAUACACUUUUGUAAUUUUUUACAGUAAUUAAACAUAAAUUCAAAGCUGAAUGUUCAUGAAUAUUGUAAAGUCAAAACAGGGCUGGGUUGAUGAAGAUAUACUUUCUAAAUUUGUGUUUUAUUAAAAAUUGCUAAUAAUUAGGAUAUGUGAUGUUAACGGCAUCUCUCUAUUUGAUUCAAUUGUCAAAAGAAAUGCAUCCGCAGACGACCGAAGUCGAACUCACGUCUUCUGGCGCAAAAAGCGAGCGCGCUGACCACUCGGCCACCACUGCAGAUAAAAUAAGCUGUUUCUUUGGAGGAGGCUAUUCGCUCAUUUCGGCUAAACUUUGUGGUCGAUUUUCUCGGCCGAGAAGUCCCGUAAACACUUUUGGAAAUCAGUUUUAUGAUCGCAGACGCUUCACGUUUGAAACCUACUAGGUGCCGUUCCAAAGUCCGUCUGCGAAAAAAGUGACUUCCCUUGUGAGAUUUGGCGCAACUUUACCUCACCUUACGAACUUUUUGAAAAAUUCUAGUUAAGGCACUUCCGACAAUUUUAAGGAUCCUUUUUUGAUGACCCGUAGAGGAGAUAUGAGCAAUUGUGGUAAAUUUUGAUGCUAUCAGUCUGUCGGGAAAAUAAUGUGCACUAUGUCGCCAUCAAAAAGUAAACUGUGUCGCGGCAAAAUCAAAUUUUUUUUCACUUCAGCGACUCGGUUGGCGCAGCCAUUAUGCUCAUUAUUUUCCCGACAGGCUAAUAGAUGCUACCUCAAUACGAUAGUAACCUUAUUUACCCUGUCAUUAAGCCCAUGAAUAUUUAUUUUCCUUCGUAUUCCAUGCUUCUGCAAUACAAAUUUAUUCAUAAUAUCAUCACAUUUGUUUUGAUAACAAUACUGUCCCAUUUAACAGCAAAGUAAACAGCAUUUUUUCCACACCAUCCGCAUCAGACUUUAAUUCGGGGUUUUCGGUUCCACAACGUAUUCGAUUUGUAGACUUUCUCGUCAUUUCCAGGAGAGUUCACUUUCGAAUUUUUGAUUGACAUUUCCUCAAAUUUUUGACUUGUUAGAAGAAUAAUAUAAAAGGAAAUUAAAAAUAGCGAGAACCUAAAAUAAGCCUGGCUAGGUGAUUUACCAUGUGAUGCUGGUAUUAGCUUACUGCAUGUGUCUAAACAUGCAGCCCAAUAGAAGGAGGUUGAGGGAUGCAGAUAGGGUAGGAAUCUUGCAACAACGCGCUGGUAAAAUACGUAGCUUCCAAUUUGUUGGAUAUAUUCUAAUCAAAACUAAGCCUUCUUCUUCUAUCUGUCUGUCGAGAAAAUGUUGAGCAAACUGUCGCAUCGAAAAUCAAGAAAAUGAAUUAUGUCCAGACAACAUCAAAAUCAAAUUACUUUUCAGUUCAGCGACGCGAUUGGUGCAGCGACAUUGAGCUCGUUAUUUUCCAGACAGACUGAAAGUUUUUGUUGUAAUCAGAGAUUGCCAGAGCCAAGAGCCUGCUCCGGAGCCGACUCUUGGCUCCUGCUCUGAGCGGCUCCGGCUCGGAGCCGGGUCAGAGCCGGAUCCAAAAGCCGGAGCCGGACGAAAAAGUCUGAGCCAGGCUUCUCAGCGUUCAGAAAACUAAAAAUUUUGUGAUCUUGUUCAACCAAUUCCUUGUUUUACGUACGACUUGGCUCAUUGGCUCAAAAACGUUGAGUGUGGUAUCUCUGACACUAAUAACUUUGUCGUUGUUUUCUAAUAAAGCCAUGAAAGUUCAAUAGCGCACAUUUGUAUAGUAAAAAAACCAAAACAGUUAAAUUUUGCACGGGAGACGGCAGCCGGAGCCGGAAUUUUGGCCUCGGCUCCGGCGCAGGGAGCUAAAAGCCGGAGCGGCGGAAUUUUGGCCGUGGCAAUCUCUGGUUGUAAUAAUAUAACGUUUAACUUGAGAUUUUCUUCAGAACGUGUUCCUCCGAACAAAACGCAACCUGGUCAAGAAGAUUCUGCGUUCUCCAGCAAAGAUGGCGCAUGCAAAAUUGGUGCUCAAGCGGAGAUCGAUGAAUGAGCGGCUUGGAAUUGGGAUUGCCAUUGAAACCAACGACCUGACUGAUCGGUAAGCAGUCAAAUUCUCUUGAAAACGCUAAAUUUUUACAAAUUACACUCAAAUCUUUCCAUAACAAACUAUUUUUUGGCCUAUUUCAACUAAUUGCAACGCCUUGCACAGAUUUUUAACUGUGUGUAUUUUCAGAGUUGUCUCGGUGCGCGUGGAGCAAAUCGAAGAGGGUUCUGUCGCUCAUAUGGCUGGAUUGGAAGCUGGCGACCGAAUUCUCGAAGUCGAUGGCCAAGAAGUGCACGAGUGCAACAGAGAAGAGUGUUUGAGUCUGUUUCAAAACGCACGAUUACAGUGCAUCUUGAUCAUUCUGCCGGGACAAUUGUAAGUCAUCGGGGUCGUUUCUAAAAUACAUACAUAUUAUAAGUCUGUCGGGAAAAUAAUGAGCAUUCUGUCGCAUCGAAAUCGCGACAGAGAAAAUGAAUUGUGUCGCGACAAAAUCAAAUAUUAAUAUCUUUUCACUUCAGCGAUUGGUGCAGCAACAUUGUGCUCAUUAUUUUCCCGACAGACUAAUAUUAGUAUUUUCAUAAAGUGCAUGGACAUUUUUUCGCGGCCCAAACUGUGCACAAAAAACACCCCUCUUUGAACUGUGCGUUUCACCUUUUUUUUGGUUUUUGCACUGUGCAUGCAUGUGAAAUAUCGCUGCGACAUAAGCAAGUUUCGGCUGCGUCGCUGCAAAAUGCAUUUUUUGAACUUUUUCCCACGCUUGUCGCCACCGCACAGUGCAAAUGACAUUUUUGAGGUUUGCACUGUGCGAAAAAAGAACAAUGCACUGUGCGUUGGCGACAAGCGUGGAAAAAGGUUCAAAAUGCGCUGUGCGAAAGAGAAGGUUUUCGCACUGUGCAUGUGAAAUAUCGCUGCGACAUAAGCAAGUUUCAGCUUUGUCGCUCCGUCGGUUCGAAAAAAUUUGCACAGUGCAAAGAGCUGAUUUUUGAGGUUUGCACUGUGCGAAAAAAAGAAUGCACUGUGCGCUGCGACAAACGUGGGAAAAAGUUCAAAACGCACUGUGCGGAAGCGAAAAAAGUGUCCAUGCACUUUAUGAAAAAAAUAAAGUAAAAAAAAAUCUAAUCGUAUUACAGUGUUGACGCGAUUCAUCGGAUGAAUACGACGCAAAGAGCCGCCAGAUACCACGAGCGAGGUUGGUUUCCUAAUCCAUUAUGUGUUGUGCUCAUAUUACAACAUCCGUUUUCCCUACAAACCCAAUUAAUAUUUGCAAAAAAAAAUCCCGCAAAUGGUCGAAAAGUGAAUUUCCGACCCUUGACUUGUUUUCCAACCCUUUUCCCUUUUAUAUAACGCCCCUCUUGAGUGCAGAAAAGGGAAAUUCUAAAGACUUGCGGCACACUUAAACACCGAACGCCCAUUUCUUGUUCUGGCGCGUUUCAUGAAUACGAAUUUGUAAUGUCAUUGCGAGUUCCUUGCGGUCAUUUUGGAGGGGUUUCUUUAUUUGAAUGUACUUUUUGUUUGGAGUAUGAGAGAUUUAGGUGGAAUUUGGCUUAAAUUUAGGAGGGAAGUGUUUGAGGUGCGAAGCUCCGGUUUUCUUUAAAUUUUGCGCACAGAUCUUUUAUAGGCCACAUAUCAAUUCCUGAAAGUUUUAGCUUGUGGUUUGCAGGGACAGCGGAGAUGUUCAACAAUUUUUCCGGCCGAGAGAUUACGGAAAAGGCGGAGAGCGGUCUGAAAGAAACACAAAAAAAUGAUUUUUGUGGAAAAGUUACACUCAACGGUAGAAAGAGGUGUUGUACUUUUCAAUCCAGAAUUUGUAAAAAAACAAGCUACAUUUUUGCCUACUUUUGACCUAAAAAUUGCAAAGCGCGUCAUAAAAAAUUUAGCCUAAACUUUGCGUUGCUUCAUCAAAGCCUGAGCUUUGCUCACCUCGGGCAUGAGCUACAUAUUAUUUUCUGAAAAUUUUAGCUCGCGGUUUGCAGGGGCAGUCGAGAAAUUGAACGAUCUUUGUGGUCGAGUAAGUAAGCGAAAUGCGGAGAGCGGUUAGAGGGAAAAACAAAAAUAAAAGCAUUUUUUUAUGGAAACAUCACUCCCUACGAUAGAAAUAGGCAUGAAACUUUUCACUCUAAAAUUCAUAAAAAAAAGUGUCCCAUUUUUUUUUACUUUCAACCUAAAAAUCUCGAUCAUUUCUGCAAAUCACAAGCUAGGAGUUCCGCAUACGUCCUAGAGAAAAUUAUUUUAAAUCUGAGCCAACUUUCAUCAAUAUCUAAGCGUCACACUUGGAGUAUUUUCCUUGUAAGAAAAAAUAUCAAUUUAUUUAGUAUUGUUUUGCUGUUAGUAUUGACAGCAAUUCCAAUUAAUCAUACUCUUCCCGAACCCCAACAACAACCCGCUUCCGCGGGCGCGGCUGUAAAAAACGAAUAAGUUUAGUGUAAAAAUAAAUAAUUGAUGCUUUUUGAGGCCGACCGAGAUGGGUGGGGAUUACCAUUCAAGACGAUGUUGUUUAUUCCGAAACCCGGAGGAAAACACGAGACUUGGGGAAAUUGCAUCGGCGACGGGGGUCGUACUAUUUGAGCCAUUCGAAAGCGGGGAUGUUUUCUGAACAUUUUGGGGGGAUUUCUGAACAGUUUUCUGGGAAAAUAGGUUUGUAAAGAAAUUCGAUUUUAUGGAGGAAAAGAAAAAUUUUUUUUUUUUUAUUUUCAUUUUUUUAUUUCUGAAUUUUUUAAAUUUUUUGCUGUACCGUUGAUCGGAAAACCAAACAAAAAAAAUCGAAUUUUCAAUAUCAGUCUGUCGGGAAAAUAAUGUGGAUUUGUUGCGCCCAGACAUGGCUCUGGGGCCGGGCCGGGCCGAAAAUCGCGGCCCGGCCCGGGGGCCGGAAGAGGUCGGCCCGGCCCCGGCCUCCUUAAAAUUUUCCCGGCCCGGCCCGGCUUCGUCGCCUAGCUGAAGUGAAAAAAAAAGAUUUUUGGCGACACAAUUCAUUUUCUUCGGCGGCGAUGCGACAGAGUGCUCAUUAUUUUCCCGACAGACUGAAAAAUCACUCCAGCGACUUUGCGAACGGUCUAGUAUCUUUUAACGCCCCCUUUUUGACCUCAAUCCCUCCAAAAGCCCCUCCUUUACCCCUCCUUCACUCCAAACUUGCUCCCUUGACCUUGGAAGGCGCCGACUUGGACGGAUCGGAAUAAAUCAUCUCGAGGCCGGUAACAGAGCAAUAUACAUAUCGUUUUAUAAUAAUAUCCCCAUUCGGAUCGCGGCGGAAGAGCGCGCGAAAUGCGGAGAGGCGAGAGAAACCCGGAGCGAAACCGUUUUGAUGCCGUUUUUUCGUCGUAAACGCUCGAAUAAAGGGUUUUUUGAACCGGCUUCAUUCACAAUGGACUCGGUUUUCAAAUGCGCAUUUAAUCUUGGAAUUGAUUUUAAAGGGAUUUGUAAAAUACGGUUUGUGUAAAUUGCUGAAAUUUGAAGGUUGGGCGAUUUUUUUACAAAUGAAUUUAAAAAAAUUUUACUGCUUUUACUAUUACGGAAACUUGGCGUAGAUUAAAAUUAGGAUUCUCUAAGACUCGUGAAAGAAUUUGAGCUCGCGCUUUGCAGAAAUAUCCGAGAUUUUUAGCCGAAAUUUGGUGAAAAUUCGACAAUUUUUUUGCGAUUUUUGACAUGAAAAGUUUCGGUAGAUAUUUCUACUGUGUAGGGUAAUUUUUAUACAAAAAAUCAUUUUUUUUCGCACGAAACUGGCACAGAUAUGGCCAAAAAAAGUUGUUUUCUUAACCGCUCUCCGCAUUUCGCGCACUCUCUCGGCCGCAAAGAUUGUUGAAUAUCUCGGCGGCGUCUGCAAAGUGCGAGUUGAAAAUUUUAGGAAUUGAUAUCUAGUCUAUACUCAUGCCGUGUACAAAAUUUAAAGAAAAUCUGAGCGUCGCCCUUGGGAUACUCUCUUUGUCAACUUGUCCCAGUUCUUGUAAACAUGCCAGCGCCAAGUUUUAAAUUUUUUUUUUGAAUUUUUCAACCUGACGGGAAAAUAAUGAGCUCAAUGUCGCUGCACCGAGCUCGUCGCUGAAGUAAAAAGCAAUUUUAUUUUUUCGCGGCACAAUUCAUUUUCUCGUCGGCGAUGCGAUUUUCGAUGCGACAGAAUACUCAUUAUUUUCCCGACAGACAGAUAUUAUUAAAAUUUUGUACUAACCUCGCUUUAAAAUAGUACUAAUUUUCUCUCCAAGCCAAUUUCCGAAAUUCUCGCCCAUUCAUUUUUUGGAUUAGCAAUGCGCUUUUGUUCCCCCUCGAAUAAACAACGUCCCCCAGCGUUAAUUGGCAGGCUUUUAUAUCUGAAGACGUUCCAUUCAAUUCAGAAAAAAAACGCCAGAGCGAAAUCUCUUAUUCUUCUCGGCUUCGAAUUAGAGGCUGAAGAUUUGAUGAAUCCCCUUUUCUCUUUUCGAAUAGCUAAAAAUUUGUUCGUUAUAUAAGGGAUUUGUUACACGAGGGCUUAUUUUUUUGAAUUUUUUAACCGUUUAUUUGUUAUAGAAACGUUUUUUUAUACGGGGUUUUGUUGUACUGAGGUGCUUGUCGUCGAAAAGCGAUGACGGACGAUUCCAACGUUAUUUCUCAGACAUACUGAUAGUAAAUAUUGAUGAAUAAAAUAAGGUCGAAACAUGCCAAAGACUAAAAGACGUGCUAUGCGAAAAAGCUGGACAAAGACUGCGGCUGUAGGAGAAAAUCGACGGACCAAAAGUCUUGACAUAUCUGCAUAGUGCGCCGUCGCACAGCAUUCCGAGGUUUUUUGCCGCCACCGAUCGGUGCCGAUUUUCGCUCAAAAUGACAACAGGGCUGCGCGCCUCGGCUGAUAACUAGCUAGCCCAAAAAUGAAAAAGACUAAAAAUUGAUUUCCAGGUAGAGUGAAAAAAGACCUAUCCAAUGAUAUAAAUAGGUCCUAUUGAUUUUCUCCCCACAACGAUCUUUUUCGCCUACAAAAUUACAAAUUUUUUUUGUUUAUUCAUGGAUAAAUGCACUCUAUGAGGGCAUAAUUAAAAAAAAAUGGUACCACUCGAUAGCAAAUAGCCUCUUCUAUGACAUAUCCAAAAAUAAGGGAAAUUCUGGCCCUUAGGGCACUACAAAAUCCAAAAAAAUAGCGUAUUUUACGUGUUUUUGCGUAUUUUUUGGGAUUUUUUGCACCGGAUGCACAAAAAUGAAAAAUCGGCUGUUAUAGCGUUGUAGUGCACACUCGAUUACAUAUAUCUGCCAAAUUUCACAUUUUCAUCUUUACUCCACUUUGUGUUCUGAGCCGGUUUAUGUGUUAAGGCAACAUCGCUGCAUAGGGCAAUGCCGGAUGCCGAUUUUAAAAUUUUUUUUUCAUUUUUGAGACAUAUUACGUUCAUAUCAAUAUUAGAUACUGAUUUUUGCUCCAGAUGACAAAAUGCCCAUUCAUAAAUUCACGUAAUGACACAAACGUGUUUGAUUUCAACAUGACGAAAAUAAGGGAAUUUUUGUUUCGGGACUAGUAUUUAGAUGACAACGGACCUGCCAGAAUAUGCUCCGACGUUUAUUUGGCUAGAAACAGGUAUGGAAUCCGGAUGCAGCGACGUCCCGUAACACGUUGCACAUAUGCGAUUUUACUUAAAUUUACGUUAUAUACAUGAUGUUCAAAGUCAAUACGACUGAAAAGACAGAAAUUUUUUUUAAAAUCGGCAUCCGGCAUUGCCCGAUGCAGCGAUGUUGCCUUAACACAUAAACCGGCUCAGAACAUAAAGUGGAGUAAAGAUGAAAAUGUGAAAUUUGGCAGAUAUAUGUAAUCGAGUGUGCACUACAACGCUAUAACAGCCGAUUUUUCAUUUUUGUGCAUCCGGUGCAAAAAAUCCCAAAAAAUACGCAAAAACACGUAAAAUACGCUAUUUUUUUGGAUUUUGUAGUGCCCUAAGGGCCAGAAUUUCCCUUAUUUUUGGAUAUGUCAUAGAAGAGGCUAUUUGCUAUCGAGUGGUACCAUUUUUUUUUUAAUUAUGCCCUCAUAAAGUGCAUUUAUCCAUGAAUAAACAAAAAAAAUUUGUAAUUUUGUAGGCGAAAAAGAUCGUUGUGGGGAGAAAAUCAAUAGGACCUAUUUAUAUCAUUGGAUAGGUCUUUUUUCACUCUACCUGGAAAUCAAUUUUUAGUCUUUUUCAUUUUUGGGCUAGCUAGUUAUCAGCCGAGGCGCGCAGCCCUGUUGUCAUUUUGAGCGAAAAUCGGCACCGAUCGGUGACGGCAAAAAACCUCGGAAUGCUGUGCGUCGCUCAAGAAAAUUGUCGCACUACGACGAUUAAAAUUCAAGGUGCACGCCGACCACACACAGUGCGAAAUGAAUGCUUUUGGAAAUGGGCAAUCAAAGCUUACGUCGCGCGAAGAAAGUGCAAAGUAGUUUUUCAUUCACAACGUGCCGCUUGUUUCUUUACUUUUUGUCGCACAAAGUCACUCCGCAACGCCGACCAGACUUUUAAAUCUAGAGGGUUUUGGCGUAGCACACGCUUAAAAUGUCGCAUGUGUCAUACAAGACAGUAAGCUCAAUUUAUGCCAAGUUUUGUCAAAAUCUAUGCGUCGCGCUUCAAGCAGUUCUCUCAAAACCUAAAGGGCUCAUAUUCAUUUUUCUCAGGGUUGGUUGUACCAAACAAUACUAUAUAGUCUCUUCGCAAAGUCGAUGAACUGAUUUUUGUCGUUUCCACUGGGUGAAAAGUCAGAGUGCGAGCGACAGCCGAUAAAAGCCUAUUGCACGGUGCAAAACCCCAAGAAUUUCACAGUGCAACGUGAACUUUUGUUUUCUCACAGUGCAAGCGCCGAAAAUCACUCCAGCGACUUUAAAAUGCACUCAAUUCAAUUUAUUUCCGCUGAUCACCUAUCAAAAGUAGAGAAACGGGCCAUGAUUCGGGGCCAAGAUGGGGAUGUCACGUCGGUUCUCCAGAGUGCCAAUCCUCAAGAAGGUCCUGCCACGGGUUGAGCUUCUGCCAUCCUCCGGAGGGGUUGUUGCCAGCAACGGCAUCGUCGGCAGGAAACCCAACCGCUCACCGCGGUGUGAACGGAAGGAAUCUUAAAAUGCACUAGUACCCCCAAAUCUCUCCUCAACAUCCUUAUUUUUCUGGUUCAUUGAACUCUUCGCUGAACUGCACUCCUCCUCUCAUCCUCGAUUUUACACUCCAUUCCAUCAGAUGCAUAGCGCGGAUGGAAAUUAGUAACCGCCAGCGAUAGCCACUUAAGACGUCGUUUUGCGCGAUUAUUGGGAUGUUACGUCGUUUUGAAUGGAUUCAGAAUUCCGUAACGAUUCCUUUUCGUUCUGACUUUAUACACUUAUUCAUCGCCUCGUUCUGUUUUUCCUCGCCUUCGAUUGUUCAACGCCGCCGCGCCUUCGGCGAUCGUUGACUCGCGCGCAAUGCCGGAAUUGGGGCAAGGGAUUAACGGAGCAUGCGGAGGAGGAAUGGAGGAGGGGAUACGGGGCAAGGAGAAUGAGGAUUCUGGGCUAAAAGUUUUUAGAGGUUUUUGAUGACUUUGUUAUGAAGAUCUCGAUAGAUUUUAAUGAAAUUGGGAAUAGUGUAAGAUCAGAGAUUUGUAUGACAUUUGUGAGACCUUUAACUUGCACUCUGCAGAAAUCGCUGAGAAUUUUGAUUUGGGAUAAAUUAUCAGUAUGUCGGGAAAAUAAUGAGGGCAAUGUCGCUGUUCCGAUCGCGUCGCUGAAGUGAAAAGCCAUUUGAUUUUUCCGCGACACAAUUCAUUUUCUCGAUUGCAAUGCCACUUUCGAUGCGACAAAAUGCUCAUUAUUUUGCCGGCUGAGUGAAAAUAUGUAUUGAUCGGGUGCUAGGAUAGUCUAUGACCUAUUUUGAGGCUUUUUUUAUGUGCUCAAGUCAAUUAUAACGACGCUAAAUGUACCGCUCGAUGUUUUUUGAACCAAGUUUUGGUCUCUCUAUUUUGGUCUCUGCAUUAGCUCAGGGUCAAGAAAGUUAACCAUAAGGUAGGCAAUAGCAAAACCUAGAAAAGACUGUCAUGUUGUAAGUCUUCGUCAGUUCUCCGCCGAGCUUUUGCCAGGCAUCCGUCAAGCAUCCAACGGUUUUGUCAGGCCCCCAAAGAAGUUCCUAUCAUUUUUUUGUGAGUCUUCGCUUGCCCUUCCCCUACACAGAUUUCAACGACCCAUGCCUUCAUUAAUCAUAGUUUAUUUAAUGAUCUUACAUAACAAAUGUACUUUCUUUUUCCCUACUCCAUAAAAUUAGGGUUUUGUAAACUUUCGACCACCGCCUUAUUACCUCCACUUUCCUUCAGCCAACCUCCUAAUUCUGUCGUAAACGUGACAAAGCCCGUUUUAGAUAGCUAAUUAGUUCUUGCUGUAGUAUAGCAAACAUCUUUUUUAUGCGCGGACGCAGGAAAUGAUGACUUCUUUAGGAUGAUUUUUUUGGAUUUUUAGUAAAUUUCAGGUAUUUUUGUUUAAUUCGGACCUUUGGCAAGGGAAAUUAGGAGAAGUCUUUGUUUCGAAUUUACGUUUAGGCAACAAAAGAAGGGUAUAGCACCAAGCGCAAUGCUCUUUUUUUCGAUUUUCUUUAAAUUUGCGCAUGCUUCGUACAUAGGCCACAUGUCAAUUAGUGAAAAUUUUAGUUCGCGCGUGCGGCUGAGCAAUCUUUAUUUUAAUUCAGAAUACGGCCGAGAGAAUACGAGAUACGCGGAGAGCUUACGGUAGAAAAGGCAUGAAAAUUUUCAUGUCAAAAUUCGUAAAAAAUGCAAAAAACUUUUCCAAUUUCGAUCAAAAAAUCUUAUUUUUUGCCAGUUUUCAUACAAAUCUGAGCGUCGCACUUUGACCACUUUUCUGUAAUUUUAUGAAAAAUCACCUUUAUUUUGUUUCAAAAUUUCCAAAAAUUCAAAUUCUUAACUUCCUUGACAUCCAUUUUUUACCCAUAAAUUUGCCGCAAAUAAUUGACAGAACCGGGUAUUACCUCUUCCCAAAUCUGCUGCGAUCCCCCCUUAAGGUCUCAAUUAUCCCAUCCGUGUGUGGUCAAUUUUCAUAAAGACAAAAGGGGGCGCUUUUAAAGUGCGGGAGAAACUUUUCUUCUCCCUCUGUUUCAUUCCAUUGUUUUUGGACAAUGAACGUGGAAUGGACUCGCGAAGGCGCUGUGCAAAACAUACGGACCGCGCGCGGUUAGGGGCCUGAGUAUGGACAUGUGGGAGGGUUGCGAAAGAAGGGUUCGAGAUUUGUUUUAUCAGGCUGUCGGGAAAAUAAUGAGCACAAUUUUGAUGGGCCAAUCGAGUCGCUGAAGUGAAAAGAAAUUUGAUUUUGUCGCGACACAAUUCAUUUUCUCGCCGGCGAUGCGAUUUUCGAUGCGACUGAGUGCUCAUUGUUUUCCCGACAAACUAACAGAACUGUUAUAAAUUUGUUAUUCAUCUGUCUGUCGGGAAAAUAAUGGAAUGGGAUUUUCUAUCCAAUACUUUAUUUAUAAGCCACUUUUGACCGUCUUUUUACCUAUAUCUACCGUUCCACAAAUAUCAGAUUUUUCCCCCCAAUUCAUCCUACUAUAUCUUCCUCCCUCCAUUCCAACGCCUCCUACAUUGAUUCGCGUCCAUUGAACCCUUCAAAUCACGCAGAAUGAGUCAAAAGAACGGCAAUUUGCCGGUGUUCGGAAUUUGAUUCCGAUUCAGUGACCAGCAGGAAUUCCCUUUCAGGGUAUCACAAACCCGCACCGUUCCAAAAACAAUCUCUUCCCUCAUUCCCUCUUGAUGGGUUGACUCAACGCGAAUUUGUUUCGAAACCAGGUCGUCUCGACGGUUUCGAGGUUGCAAUAAAUAGGUAAUUUUCGAUGGGGGAUUUCGGAGAAACCAAAGUUGGGAAAAGUCGGGGAUUUCGGGAAAAAUUUUUUGUCUUCAAUUUCGUAUUUCAGUGUGUCGGGAAAAUAAUGAGCACAAAGUCGAUGCGCCAAUCGCGUCGCUGAAGUGGAAAGCAAUUUCGUUUUUCCGCAACACAAUUCAUUUUUCCGUCGGUGAUGCGAUUUUCGAUGCGACAUAAUGCUCAUAAUUUUCCCGACAGACUAAUAAAAAAGAAAGCUCUUGAAAAUGUCAGCUCUCCCUUUGCAGCGGCAGAGAGAACUUUGGAGAGUUUGAACACGGACCAAAAAGUCUGGACAUGUUUUUGCACAGUGCACGUCAAAUUGAGGAGUCUGGUGACCGGAACAGACUCUUCGCUAUCGGUUUUUUCCAUUUCGUCUUGAUUUCCAGAGAAAGAGAGAAAAAAGACACGCAAAAGCGUACUCUCUCGCCCCAAAAAAUCCCCACUUCUUCCCCGACAAAACGUUUCUUUGCGCCUUUUUUUGGCAAAUUGCCAAUCCAUUCACCGUACUGUCUUAGCUUACCUCAGUUUGACGUGCAGUGUGAUGUCGGGAAGAAGUGGUGAAAAAUAGCAGUUUUACAACUAGCAGUGCCAGUCAGUUGGGAAAAUAAUAUGGAUUUCUCGCAGCAAAAUGUCUCGUUGCAGUCGCACACCAGAUCUCCAGCCGCGGUAAGCCGUCGCAAGCGAUUAUGAGCGAUUCCAAGUUUCGACGAAUCCACAUUAUUUUCCCGACAGACUGAUAUUUAAUUGAUUCUUCUUUGGUCUACAGAGUAAUAAUAUAUAUUUGAGAUGAAUUUGAAAUCACAGAAAACGGAGAAUUGCAAAAAAUUCUGACCUUAUUUUAGUCAUCAAUACUAUUUACUAAAUAUUUAUUUUGCAAUCAUAAUUUUUAAUUCAAUUAUGAAAAACCCGCAUUUUUUCUCUUUCGCAACUACUGAUAAGCCCUCAGGAAUUUGAUUUUUACCCCUCCUCAAAAACAACUACGUAUCAUAGAAGGGUGGUAUUCCUCGUCUGACUCAUUUAUUCUCUUUGCCAAACAAGAUUUCAACGCCUUAAAAAUUCGUCUUCUUAAUUUGAAGGGGGCUUUGAAAGUCGGCUUCGAAUGAAUUUCACUCCGGCGUAAAUUGUCUUAAAAUUAUAGGCUUUCGUAUCUUGCGCGAAAAUCUGGAGAAGGCCGAAAAUGACCGGCGGCCAUGAAAUGUGAGGGCAUUGGCUUUGUCGGCGAAUGGCUCCAUAUAAGCAUGAUGUAUUGUGUGGGGCGAAAAUGGGGAGAAAAUACAUUUGUCUUGAGAACCUAGGUUCGUAUAGGCUCUAUAAGAAAUCGUCGGUUCAAUGGUCUUUUGUUGUAUGGGAGUUUGUUGUUUCCAGGUGCCACUCUCUGCAGUAUGUCGGACACAGUAAAUUGCUUUUGAUCAAAAUUGGGAAAAUUUCUGCCUAACAUAGAAAGUGUUUAGUUUUUUUACCGUUUGUACACACGACGGAUAUAGUCAUCAUAUCAACUUCUGAAAAUUUUAGCUUUUGCUUUGCAAACCCCGCUAAGGUAUUCAACGAUCUUUUGGGUCGAGAGAGUACGCGAAGCCUAGAGAGCGGUCAUAGAAAACUUUUUUACAUUGGUACUACUUUUCAUUGAGGAAUUUUUUCUAUCGGGUCGAGCCGAAGAAAACUUGAAAAAAAGCGAGCCGGGCCACUGUUUUUGGCCCUGGGGCCAAUGCGCUAUCUGAAAGUUUGAAGCUUAGCUCCGGCGAGCUGCGAAACGUUGUUUUCCGAGCUGCGCCCUUCCAUUUUCAGCUAACUUUCAGCAAACUUUCAGUUAGCGCAUUUGGCCCCAGCAUGGACCAAUAGCUAUACUUGUACAGGGUGUACCAAAAAAAUGGAAACUUGUUUUCAUAGUUAUAUUUUUUCGGAGAAUCAAAAUUCAGCAAAAGUAACGGUCAUGAUUGGUAACAUAGAGCAUUGUUUAUAACAUGUUCAACCUGUUUUACAGUGGCUGCCUUUGGUGGCGAUAUAGAGCUCCAAACGUGACGUAAAAUUUUGGGGUCCGGGCCGCAGCUUUUUAAGGGGGAAAUCGGUCCCGUUCUUGGCGCAUCAUUUACUUUGCGACUCCAAACUUUUGUGAAGCAUAGUACAGGUGCUGGCCUUCUAUUUAAAAAAAUAUAUAGUCCAUUGGACUUAGAUCUGGCGAGCAGGCGGUCAUUUCGCUUCCCUUUGUUUGAAGUUCAAAAAGACAGGUCGAUUAAUCGAUAUGGGCCUAAAAAUCAAACCACUAGGACAGAAAAACACAGAGAAUUUUAUAGUAAUAAACUUCUUUGGCUACACCUAACCAUUUUUGCGUCAGGACAAAUGAAAAAAAGUUUCCAUUUUUUUGGUACACCCUGUAAUAUAUAUAAUAUUUUUUUUACUCGGUUGCAUUCAAUUCUUUCCUUUUCGCUCGGGAUAUCCAUUUUUCCCUAUCUAAUUUUACCUUCUCACGAAACCUUAUGAACGUUGUUUUUAUAGUAUGUAAUUUCCCUUUUUUUACAAGCUUCGUGCAAAACGUAAUUUUCCAGGGAAUCAGUUUUUUUAAUUUGAAAUUUGGGAGGAAUAUACGAAUUUACAAAAUUUUGGGGAUUUGAAUAUAAAAAUUUUAAAUUAGGCUGGAAAAAAAUUUUGCAAAGAUUAUUAAAAAACGGAAAAUUAGCGAAGGCGUAUUUUAAAAUUUUUAUAUUCACAUUUUUUUAAGGAAAAUUACUCUAAUUUUGUCGCAAAUUACUGAUUUUUUUAUUCCAACUAAAAUUUGGAUAUUCAAAAAAAAAUUUUUUUAUUUUAUUGUAGUUUUCCAAAUUUUUCCAAAAAAAUCAAAACGUUUGAUUACUAUUAAUUCAGUCAAUUUUUGGCAUAUUUUAUUGUAAAUUUCUGAAUUUGAUAUUCCAACUAAAAUUUGAAUAUUCAAAAAAAAAUCUUUUUUUUAAUUUUAUCCUAGUCUUCUAAAUUUUUUUUCAGAAAAUGACAAAAAAUUUUUAUCGAUUUUUCGGUUUUAAUUUUAAUAUUCCAACUAAAAUUUUUAAAUUCAAAAUUUUUUUUUUUAUUUUGUUUUUAUUUUUUUCCAUUUUAACAAGCGAAAUUUUCCGAGCCAAAUCUCCUCAAACUGCGUCAAAACACGUCUGAAAUGUCUAUUCAAACUCCCCCCUUCCAGCCGCACUCCCACAACAUACAGUUAUCGUUUAUAAGUGAGCCGAAGGGCGGAGGGGAAGUGGGAGCGAGUGGCCCUUUGGUUAUUUUGACUUUUUUUUUUGAAAAAGAUCGGAAUGGACAAGCGGAGGGGGAAAACAGCGCGCGGUUUCUGCGCGCGGCGAUACAAUAAGUUCCGACUUGGCGAGUGUUAAAAGGGUUUCGACCGUAAGGGUUUGUUAUUGUAUGUGUGAGGCAGAAGAUGUAUGUAGGUUUUUGGAAAAAAAGAAUUUAUUUUUUAUUUUUAUUGAAUAUUAUAUCGGUCUGUCGGGAAAAUAAUGUGGAUUUUUCGCUGCAAAAUUUAUGGCCUCGUCGAUGCUCCAAGUCGCCAGCCAUCGCAAAGCGAUGAUGGGCGAUUCCAAGCCGCGAUGAAUCCACAUUAUUUUCCCGACAAAGUGAUAAGUAUGUCAAAUGAUGAUUUUUUUUAUUAUGAAGACGUUUCGAGGGGAUUUAUAACCUUUUUUUGUCAGCUGCCCGCGAAAUGACCGAUUGAAAAAUGCGUUUCUGGGAAAAUCUUUGGUCCUUCGGCCAGAAGAAUGUCCAUUUUGUUUUUGAUGACUUGGAAAACCUUUUCAUGGCAUCUUUAUUGAGGGUGAAGCUUGGCACAAAUUUAGAUGAAUUUUUUGUAAGAAAUAUGCAUGACGUCUAGCUUGCAUUUUGUGGAAAUGAUCGAGAUUUUUAGUUUGGAACUUGGCAAAAAUGUAAAACCUUUUUUAGCGAAUUUUGCCAUGAAAAGUUUCAUAUCUAUUUCUACUAUAGAGAGCAAAGUUUCCAUAAAAAAUAAAGUUUUUUCGCAAGAAACUGGCAAAGAUACAACCAAAAACGGGUUUUCUCUCUGACCGGUCUCCGAAUUUCGCAUACUCUCUUUGCGGAGAAAGAUCGUUCAAUAUCUCGGCUUCCCCUGUAGACCGCGAGCUGAAAAUUUCUGGGAUUAAUAUUUGAUCCAUGCUUGAUGUGUGUUCAAAAUUCAAAAAAAAUCUGGGCGUCUUUUUUUCAAAACUUUUCAUCAGAAAUUUCACAUUUUUCAAGUCUUUUCCCAAGAUUUGGAGAAAAAUAAAACUAAUUUUCCAAUUUUUAUUUUCGACAUUUACCCAGCGGUAACUCCACACAUUUUUUUCUGUCCUAACUUUCUUUCGAGGCUCUUCUUGAUGGUCAUUCAAUUCUCAUAUAUUUUAUUGCUUCCUCACUUUUAUUCGCACCGCCCGUAAGUCUGCCGAGCCAAUAAAACUGCAAACAAGAUUACGUCCAUUUGAUUGACUGUCCUAUAAAGUUGUAAGACGGUAGUUAUGGCCAUCCAAAAUAAGAUUUUUUACAUUACAUUUUUUGAUUUGUGCUUGUAAUAGGUAAAAGACGAUUUUUUGAAAAAAAAAUUUUUUUUUUGAUUUGAUUUUUCUUAAACUUUGAGUAUUUGAUUUACAUGGAUCACUUAUUAAUUCCUGAAAAUUUUAGUUUGCGUUUGGCAGGGAGAGCCGAGAUAUUCAACGAUCUUUUUGGGCGAGAGAGUACGCAGAAUGCGGAGAGCGGUCAGAGAAAAUAUUCUUUUUGGCCGUAUCUUUGCAUGUUCGCCAUUCUUCCGCGAAAAAAAGUGACUUUUGGCGUACAUGUUGGUCGCUGUAGAAGACUAAAAUACCCAUUUUUUCAUUUUGAAAAAAAAUUUUUUUUAGUUUAAUUUUUUUUCCAAAAAAUUAAAUUUUUUUUGGCCAAGUACAAGCUAAAAAAUACGCCUUUAAAAAUCGUGGCUAUAACUUGGAUAUUCUCUCCAUCCCAAAUCUGAAGGUUACACUUCAAGCAUCUUGCAAUAAUAAUAAAAAAAUAUCUAACGGAGCGCUCCGAAAAGCAUCGGAUUACUCCCUUCAUUUUGUCGUCUUUUAUUCGUCAACUUUGACACUCGCUGAAACUCUUCCGUAAUGUUCGUUGUAUAUAACAGUGCAUUAUGUGCUUCGGUCGAACAAUAGAGGCCCAUUGCGCGCUUCCGAAUCCGAUUAACCGGGAACGCCGGCUUUUUUUUGCGAUUUCCGCUCACUUUUUUCGACUGUCACGCUUCGAUAACCACUUUUUUUUGCUGGAUGGCAAUUGUUCUCGACCGUUUUGCUCAGGGGGUUCUUGACUUUUGGAGGGGGAUUUGUUGCGGGUAUGGCAAUUUUUUAGAUUUUUUUGUCACCAAAUUAAAAAAUUUUUUUUUGCGCAUCAAAUUACCUGAGGCCAAAAAAAUUCUAGUCGCUAUUGAAAAAGGUUUCUGUAGCAUUUUUUGUUUACUUUUUCAGCGAUUUUUACUGGGAAAUUCCCGGUGAAAAUUCGAAAUUGCCAAAGGCCUCAAUUUUUUGAGGACGUAUUAAAAAAUCGACCGGUAACAAAAAGAUAUCGCUUCCAGAAGGUUGAUUUUGGGCUCUAUAGAGAGCUGAAUGUGUCAGGUUUUAUAUGAGGUCAAAGAAGAGCUAAUUUUAUUGCCAAAAAUUUAGGAAAACGGGAUUUUUUGUGGUAUCAUCCAAAAAAUUUUGACGAUUUUUGUAAAAUGUGCUCUAAAUUUUUUCAGUUGCCUAAAUUUUCUCAGAACUUCGAGAAUAGAAAGUUUAUUCAAUAUACCACUCUCUGAAAUUCCGUUUUCCAAAAUAUUAUCAACUUGUUUUGCAAUAACACCCAAUUCUUUUCGCUGCUAACUACAACUUAUCUCACACCCAUUUUCUCCCCCUUUAUCGUGUCUUAUCUCAAUACUUUUUGCACCCUCAAGCUCAAACACAAACUUGCGCUGCCGAGAACAUGUUUUUUUCCGGUACCAUGUCACGACUAUGGCGCCGGCUUCCGGAACAAAAACACAUUCCGGACCUAUAAAUUUAGAUUUAUGUCAAUGGCGCCUGAUAAGAGGUUAUCAAUCAUUCCUCACAUGUUAUAUAGUCAUCAAAUUUGUGGCGAGCAGUUUUUGGGGGCUUUGAUUUUUUAGACUUGUGAGACUUUUGAAUCCGAGGGGAAGACUUGACCCAGAUUUAUUUUAUUAAUAAAAAUGGGAAUUUUUGAUCUUUCCUUGGCAUUCUUUUAUUAGUGAUGGAUUUCUAGAGCUUUUUGACACAUUAUUUGCCAUCACAAUUCCAACAAAAUUAGUGUUUCUUACUGUAAUUUAGAAUUUGAGAGUAAGACUUGACCCAAAAGUGGUUUUAUGAGCUCGCCUCCAAAAAAUUUUGUUUUUAAAAUUCUUCAAAAGCUUUUUAACCCAUAAUCUUACUAUUUCCCUAACUCUCCUGCCAAAAAUUACAGUUUUCCAGCACUUUCCUAUUAGAGCGGAACACUUGACCUUAAUGAGUCAACUCUUCCCCUCCUCUUUCAGAAAUCCUCAAAAUUUUAUUUUUUUCGUAAACUCGCAUCAAACAUUAUUCCAAACCGCAGCUUAUGUGAAAGAUCACCACCCCAUAUGACCUCGAUAUUGUUCGUGAGCGCCCGCGAGUGAGUCAACGGAUUAAAAUUUCCGCGGAUUUUCUGGAAAAAACCGCUUUAAAAGGCUCUUUUGCAUCACCGCAGAAGGGUUUGCGAAUAUUGUCCGAGGUGUGUUUGAUAACACCGGAGUGGUUUUACAUCCCUGAACAUUGCGGUUUGCACGGAAAAUGAGAGAAGUUUGGGGUUUUGCUUGAGAAUUGGUUGUCAUGGAUAAUAUCGGAAUUUUUUUGCUAUUUUUGGUUGUUUUGUUAGGUGAAAAUGGUUGAAAAGGAUGCUAUAUUUCAACUAUUGUAGGUUCAUUCGUAUUUUACCUUUUUUAUCUUCCAUUUUUAUCCAUUUAUAGACCAUUUUUUCCGGACCAUGGGGUCUGAUGGAUAAUAUCGGAAUUUCGACGAUUUUUCAAAAAUUGUUGUGUAAAAAUCUUCUAAAAUAUUAACGAAUAGACUACAUGGACUUUGUUUCUUCUAUUCGAGCCGCAAUCAUCCUUCUCUACCUUUUAGUUUUAUCUAUAAUGUACCUUCUAUCUGCAUCAUGGAUAAUAUAAUUUUUUUGGUCGUUAUCAUUGAAGUUAUACUUCCAGUCUUUCUCUAAGAAUUGGAAAUUCUUCCUGGACUUUGUGUAACCACCAAUUUGCCGGAUCUAUGGUCUUUUCCGACUAUCAGAUUUUAGGUACAACUCAAGUGUAAUAUCGCCAAAAAAUGGUGUUCGGACCUUUUCAAAAUGGAUUUUUUGUUAGAAAAAUAAUAUAUAAUAGUCUUCAGUUCAUAAUUUUUUACAAUCCCAAUUAAUUUCACCUUUAUUUCCACGUAAAACGCCAUCUUUUUCUUUUACGUUUUUUCUCCAUAAUCCUCACAUAAAGUUUGACGUUUUUUUCAAAAAUUCAUGGAUUUCGCAAGAAUUUUCUAAUUUUUUCUCUCAAUUUCAGAACCUCGCUUUUUUGGGAUGCGCCGUACUCGGACGGAGAACCCGAACGGCUUUGGAUACGUGUCCGUUUUCUCGCAACAACCUUCGUCCUCAUCCGAGAACACAAAUCGAAGCUUUCGGGCGGCCGGUCGAGGGAUUUUGAGCUCAACGUCCACGCAAAAUUCCACAUUCUUAGACGAGAUGGAUCGAAAAGUGCUUAGGUAUCGAUUUUGAUCUUGUUUUUGUCGAUUUUUGAGAGAAUUUUGAUGUUGUAGUAGGUGUAAGUUGGAUUUAUUUCCAGUAAAUUCAAUGCGCAUCGAUCUCAAAGUGAACAUGCUGGAAGAGAAUCUCCAUUAGAUGGACUAUCAACGCGUUAUGAGCGGCAACAAGCCAAACCCACGGAGACGCAGACACAAACAAUUUUAGUUGCCGAUGCCCCCACCAACAAAUACAUGGGGAAUGGAAAGAGUGCAGACUCGCUAAUGAGUAAGUCCUUGAUUUCAAGAGACUCUAAAUUUAAUUUACGAUCAAUUUUGACUCUUUUUGAUUUCGUUUUUAGUUGUUAUUAGAUAAAAUUUCGAAAAUUUUAUAGCUGAUGAAGACGAUGAUGAAUCAGAUCGCUCCUCAAGCCAAACUGAUGGAAAUGUCCGUAUGAAUGACGCAACAUUGACCCGAAAUGCAUGUCGAAAGUCUCGCUUAUCCGAGUCCGAGGAUUCCGCCGUCCCACACGAGCUGGCUUCACUUUCGCCGAUCAGCUGUUCCAGUGGAUCCGAUCAGUGGAAACAUGAGCAAAAUCAAUGCGGACAGGUGAGUAAAUGGAAUUUAGAGGUCGAUGGAGUCUUUGUUUAUGAAAAUAGACAAAGGGUUUUGGGAUUUCCAUCAAUUUUAUAUUGAUUUAGGUAUCAGAGAUUAAUUUGAUCACAAGUUAAAGGGUAAUGUACCAAAUAGAUUGAAUGUUUGCAGAGGGAUUGAUGAUAGUAGAUAGAUGAUUCGCUUAAAAUUUUGGAAGGUAAAUUUUAGGCAUAGUCGAGAUAUUGGAAAAAAAGUAUCUUUUUGAUGUCAGGUCAAAAAAUCUUGAAAUUUUAUGUGAAAUUUUGGGUUAAACUGUGUUAUAUGGACUUUGGAUGACGCUAAAUUUAGUAGAGAUUAAUUUACAACUCAAAAUUUAUCGAUUUACUUUCGAUUUCAUCGAGAUCUCACCUUAUUUUACCUUAUACUUACCCAAUUCCCCUUUCAGACCGACGAAUUAGAUCCCUCCGCUCUGCCCGUUCGAAAUCUCAUCCUUCGCUUCGAUCAACAAGCCAAAUCGCAGGCUCAAAACCCCCUGCCCCCUAUUAGACAUCGCUCCCAGAGUCAGCAACGCCACGAAUUUCACGCGGAUUCGGAUGAAAUCCGCUCCGAAGCCUCCUCCGAAAAUUAUGAGCCCAAAAUGGACGAUCGAUUAAAAAUCUUAACUCUAACCCCGCCGAGAACCCUCUCGGAGAGUAGUUUUGUGUCCACAUCGACAAGAAGAGGACAGUAUCAUUCGCCGUUGUCCUCGGCCUCAUCCACUCAUCAGCCCUCGAAUAACCAAAGACUUCUUUCCCAACUCGACAAAGAAGCAAAUUUCCGGCUGAACAGGAGAAGACAUAACUUUGAGGAGAAGCCAACAGAGGAACAGGUAUGAUUUUGAAAGAUUUUGGGGGAAAAAAAUUUUAGGUACAAAAAUUUUUUUCUUGAUUUUGAUGAAAAUUUUUUGUUGUUUGUUGAGGAUUUUGGUCUGAAAAUGUCAUAAAAGAAGCUAAAAUAGGAGAAUUGUUUUAUUUUCAUGCGGUUUAUUAAUCAGAAAUUUGAUUUUUCCGCAAUUUUUUGAUAUUGUUUUAGGUACCCGAAGUAUAAUUUUUAAGUUUUCGUAAAAUUUUGUCUAAUGACUCUAAAUGGACCAUAUUUCAAUGGUUGAAAAUUUUAGAGCACCUUUUGCAUUUGCAGCUGAGAUUUUGCGAAAAUUUUUUUUGAGAGAGCCCGAAAAAUGAAGAGUCGGUCAGUCGAAAAAAGUUUUUUUAAUAAUUUUUUUUUUGUGAAUUUUGUUUGGAAAAAAAAAUUUUCUUUGUUGUAAUUGCCUUAUCAAGUAAUUUUUUAUUCGAAUUUGCAAAAUUUUUCACUAGUUCUAUUCAUUUUCAGCUCGCGGAAAUCCGCCAGUUCCUCGGCGCCUCCUUCGAAAAGUACCACAUUUUCGGCGUCACGCUGAACCGACCCGCCGGCUAUGAGUGCGGCAGUGUGGGCCUCCUCCUCAUCUCCCCACCCACAACCAAUCAGAUCUCAAUCCAACGCGUUACAACGGCCUCGAUCGCCGACCGAGACGAUCGAAUGCAAAAAGGAGACCUCGUCUUUUACAUUCAUGGCGAAUUCACGGGACACAUGGACAUCAAUGACGCCAGAACGCUGCUGAAAAGCGAAGCCAGCUCCAUUCCGCUGAUAAUUGGCAGGGAAAUGAGGCCCGGCAUGCGAAUGGUCCAAGAUCAGGGCCAAACGUUUGAGGACGACCCCAAUUUGUACAUAUAUUCGGAGGAGCCCGUCGAAAUUGUGUUGGAGAAGUGCGAUAUUGGAGUGGGAUUUUCGUUGACGGGGGGAGAGGAAAGCCACUUUGGAAGAAGACCAAUUGUGGUGAAGAAGAUUUUUUUGGGUAGGAAUUUUUGUUUUUUUGUGUGGUUUUAGGUAGAAAUUGUUGAAGGAUUAUGUAGAAUAAGGAAAAUGUAGUCUAUUUGGGAAAAAGACGAUUGGAGAAGUGGACGAUUGGGGAAAAGACAAUUGAGGAACUGAAAAGUACAGGGUGGGGCAUCUUUGUGGCCCGAUUUGAAUUGGCUAUAACUUCUUUAAUUUUGGGCCAAAUUUAAAAUUCUUUUUUUCCCUGAAUCCUCAGACAACCACAUUUUGUCUGAUACCAAAUAUGUUAUACAUAGGUAAGUGUCAUCUACAGUUAUUGCAUUUAUUUUUGAAGUUCAUUUUUUUGGUCGUUUUUCGGUUGUUUUUUCGGCCUUUCCCGGUGUUUCCGAAAAUGGAGUACGGUGCGGAAGAAAAAUACGGUGGAAUUUCCCCUCCUGAAAAUCGACGAUGAGAAUAAGCACAAAAAGUGAAGAUCAACCUCCAGAGUUCGUCGAACGGUCCUUGGUGAGGGCAUUCCCUCGGUUCUGGCCAAACUUCGUGUACUCAUAUGCGGAUUUUCUCGGAAUUUUGACAAAACUUCUUCCAUUUUCAGCUACGUUCGUACCCAUCUUUCCUGCUUUUUUUGUUUCCUGUUAACGCUGCCAAUCUCAAGGAACUUAUUCCACCAACGCCGAAAUGUCUUGCGAUCUGGGUUGGGCCUUACGUCCGUAUUUCAUCCUGUAUUCCCUUUGAACAUUUAUCGGCGAACCGUAUUUGCCAUACCAAACCACAGACCAAGCCUUUUCUUCCACACCGGACUCCAUUUUCGGACACACCGGGAAAGGCCGAAAAAACAACCGAAAACGACCAAAAAAAUGAACUUCAAGAAUAAAUCUAAUAACUGUAGAUGACACUUACCUAUGUAUAACAUAUUUGAUAUCAGACAAAAUGGGGUUGUCUGAGGAUUCAGGGAAAAAAAGAAUUUUAAAAUUUGGCCCAAAAUUAAAGAAGUUAUAGCCAAUUCAAAUCGGGCCACGAAUUUGGUACACCCUGUAUUAUUUUUCUUCAAUGUAAGCGACGAAAUUAGGAUAAUCGAUGGUGAUGAUUUUGAAAAUGACAUUCAUUUUUUUGAUCGUUAUUUUUUUCCUCAAGUAGUACUGUAAAGUAGUGAUUUUUUGAAUUUUUUUUACAAAACUUUUGCGCGAUUUGGGGGUUUUCGAUGGUGCUGAUUCCGCAAAUCUUAUUCAUUUUUGAUUUGAAAUCAGCACCAUCGAAAACCCCUAAAUCGAGCAGUUGUGGAAAAAUUCAAAAAAUUACUACUUUACAGUACUACUUAAGGAAAAAAUAAGGAUCGGAAAAAUGAAUGUCAUUUUCAAAAUCAGCACCAUCGAUUAUCCUAAUUUCGACACUUACAUGGAAGAAAAAUAAUACUUUUCGGUUUCCCCAAUUGUCUUUUUCCCCAAUCGUCCACUUCCCUAAUCGCCCGUCCUCGAGAAUAAGGCCUUAUCUCGCGAAUUUCAGCCGGAGAAGCCGCGAAAUGCAAGAAUCUGGCGAUUGGCGACGAAAUCCGCCGCAUCAACGACCAGCCCAUGCAAGGAAUGACCCAAAUCGAGGCCUGGAACUUCCUCAAAUCCCGCCCCACCGGCCCCAUCCGCUUCCAAAUCCACAAACUCAUCGCCAGAAAAGCCCAGUUAUAA